AUGCAGCUCCCUCCAGCCUCAGUGAUACUUUCCUGGCCCCGGCCCAAUUAUGAGAAUCCAUCGGAAGUUCGCGGGCCACUCGUGAUUAUACUCAACUCGAUAUUUGCAUCGUUGAUGCUUUUCGUUAUUUUCAUCCGCAUAUUCAGCCGCAUCCACGUAUCGAAGAGCUUCGGUUGGGACGAUGUCUUCAUAAUAGCCGCUGUGAUCCCGACACUUGGCUGUGGGACCAUUACGAUCCUGGGCUCCAUCAAGUACGGCUGGACUCGACAUGUCUACGACGUGCCAUUUGCGCAUCUUGUCAUAGGAUUAAAAUUGACCAUGUUGAUAGAGUGCCUGUUUGCUGUUAGCUGCUCAUUUACCAAACUCUCGCUGCUAUGUUUCACCCAUAAGAUCACAUCAGGUCUCAACUCGCGCGUUAUGAGAAUCCUCAUCAUCGCGAACGCAACCAUCGUCACACUGGAGAUGAUAGUCUUUUGCAUAGUAGCUGUGUUCACCUGCCGCCCCGUCUCUGCCUAUUGGACACUCUCGACCCAGCCGCAAGAAUGCAUAAAUGAAACUGCGCAUCUCCUGGGCGGCGGUAUACUAAACACCCUCACUGAUGUCAGCGUGGUGUUUUUGCCGUUUCCUACCGUCAUGUCCCUCAAGCUACCUACCAGACAGCGGGUCAUGCUCUGCGUCCUGUUCGGUGCUGGUUUCAUUGUCUGCAUUGCCGGGUGCUUCAGAGCUUACUUCCUCCACAAGCUAAACACUUCAUACGAUAAGACGUGGGCCGGCUAUCCCCUCUGGAUCUCUGGAACGAUUGAGAUGUAUCUCGGCGUGAUCGCCGCCUCGUUGGCAUCUCUCAAGCCGUUUAUCGUGCGCUACUUCCCUGCUCUCCUCGGCUCCCUUUCGGCGAAGAAGACUGGACCAACGUCCUUCUCGUUCUUGAACUCGUUUGUGCUGAGAAUCAGCGCACCCCGUCCCGUAGAGGAGGACAAGAACAAGAGCAAGCCCAAGAUUUUCGACAGCCAGACCGAAACUAUAACAUCUACCAUCGACUGCGAUAUCGAGUUUGAAGCACUAAACCCCCCGAAUGGGGGGAAGGAAGAAACCCAACCUAUUGGACAGCAUGAGAGCGGUCAUAUGUCGAAGUCCACUUUCCACUCCGCUGACGCAACGUGGCAGCAGAGUUGA